UGAAAGUCAGGAUUGAAUGAAUGACUUGACCAGCAGGUGGACAAGAACCACCAACUAAUAGUGCUAGGAUUGGAUUGUUCUUCAGUCAGCAAUCACUCACUCUCGGUUUGGUUCUGCGGCCGUACCUAUUUUUACCUUGGUCCUUCACAGAAUAGAUCCAGCUAGCUAGGUAGGUACCUACACCUACCUACCUACCCAUCCUUAUUUUUCACCAUCAUUUAUUUCAAGCUGCAGUUGCCACGAUUGUCUGCGCCUGCAGAAUUUUCAUCCACUGGCAACAUCAUCUCGCUUGCCUCAACCUUGCGUGUCUCCCAGGACGGGCUUGAGAGUAGGUGGUAUUGAACCACUCAGGCUAUCUUUGCACUCGCCGUUCAGACUCGGCGCGCGCGUUAAUAUUUGGGCUGAAUGUUAAAUGGCCUCUGCUGAGUCCCCAGAAACUGCGUUGAUGCCAGACGCGGAGGGUCGCCAGCGCGAAUCUGCACCAUCUGCCAGUGGCUCCAAGCGUCCACGAUCCAGCUCUAAUGCCGACACGGCCAAGCCAGCAGAUGGUAGCAGCAGAGCCUCGAUGAAGGUUGAAGACGAAGCAAGUUUGGAGGUAGCACCUCCGGCAAAACGUCGCAAGAAGAUUCCCAAAAGGGGUAACGGCAACUAUCCCGGCAUCACAUUCUCCCCAUCUUCUCGACUUCAGAGCAAGAUCCAAGUCACCGAUCUUCGCAACCUCAUUCUCUAUAUUUUUGCUGAUGGGACGGCACCGCAGUGGGUCGCCGUAUCCCACCGGCCGCAGUUCACAAAGAUAGUCACCAUCUUGAUUCCUGGUCUCGAGGAGGCCAUGUUUAAUAAGGACGUUGACUUCUCCAAAUAUGAAACGCACGAUCGCAGCACUCCCCGCAUAGAGACAUCCCCGGAUGACUACUACCCCAGGAAACUGGACCCCGAGACCCUACCAGCGGCUGUGAGGCCUUUGGCGGACAUAUUCCCCCAUCUCUGGCCCGUGCGAGCGACCGCCGACGAGAGGGGUGCGGCACCCAGGAUUCAUUCCCCUGUGACCACCAUGCUCAAGCUUCCACUUCCAAAAUCCAAGGACGAUAAGCCCCGCAAAGGUCCGAAACCCUUGCAGGAUCAACCGGGCUUCAAAGAUGUCCGCACUCGCAUCACUGAGUUUAUCGCUACGCCGCAGGAGUAUCUUGAGCACAACUUCUCGCUGCACCCUGCGAUGCUCAAGGAUGAAGAGAGCCGUCAGGCUUUCCAGGACCCCGAGGGAUGGGUCCACACCAAUGUUGCGACCUUGGACGAUGGUGCGGUUCCAGAAGCAGACAUACAGCAGGGUAGUAUUACCGCAGGCCGUGAGAUAUUUGCAAUCGACUGCGAGAUGUGCCGCACAGGACCGACGAAUCAUGACCUCUCCUUAACCAGGGUCACAAUAUUAUCUUGGGACGGGGAAGUGGUUAUGGAUGAGCUAGUCAAACCAAGCCUGCCCAUUCUCGACUACCUGACGCAGUUCUCCGGCAUUACGAAAGAGAUGCUUGAGCCUGUCACGACUACCCUGCCUGAUAUUCAGAAGCGUCUGCUUGAGCUCCUGACCCCGCGAUCAAUCCUCGUCGGUCACUCUCUUGAUUCAGAUAUGAAGGCUCUUCAAAUGGCCCACCCUUUUGUCGUGGACACGUCCAUCCUAUUUCCAAACCCAUCCUCCCCCAACGGCAAGCACUCCCUCAAGCACCUUGCCUCGAAGUACCUCGGUCGCCAAGUCCAAAAGGACGAAGGUUCUUUGAAAGGUCAUGACAGCUACGAGGAUGCCUUGACGGCCCUCGACCUGGUGAAGAAGAAGUGCGAAAAGGGCAAGGAGUGGGGCGUUUCGGGUGACAACAAGGAGAGCAUAUUCAAGCGUCUGGCGCGCGCAGGCACGGCAUACCGAGCUCAGGGUGGCCCCGAGGCCAAGGGUGGCGUCGCCACGGGAAAGUCGUCUGCGGCUGUUGAUUGGGGGGAGCUGGGCUGGAACCAGUAUAGCGACGCUGAUCAUUUUAUCCCGUGCAAGUCUGAUGCCGAGGUAGAAGCCGGCAUUAUACGUGCAGUAGCAGGAGAUGUUGAUGGCAAGGAGAUCAAAGGCGGAGGCGUUGAUUUUGUCUGGGCUCGCAUGAGGGAGCUGGAGGCACUUCGUGGCUGGUGGAAUCGUAACCGGUCGCAGUCAAACUCGAACGGGCCGCCCACUGUGGAUGAACUCGGGCGGCGGAUGAAACUCAGCAUUGUCGCUGGGGAGGAGAACAAGGGACCUAUUGAGGCAGCCAUGACAGACGAGCGAUGCCUCCUGGAAGUUGCCGUCGCUACUGUGACGCAGCGAAUUGGUCGUAUAUAUGCAGCCCUGCCGCCAUGUGCGGCGCUCGUGGUCUUCUCUGGCACUGGAGACCCACGCGAGAUGGAGCGUCUCCGGGCACAGCAAGCCCAGUACAAGGCGGAGUACAAUACACCGGGCAUGAAGUGGGAUCAGCUGUCAGUCCAAUGGACAGAUAUUGAGGAGCAGGGACUGAGAAAGGCUAUCAGAAGUGCUAGGGAGGGUAUAGGAUUUAUCACAGUUAAAUGAAGGGUCGCGUUUGCCGCGUUUCUUCAUGAUUGUGGCACUGGUCAGUUUUUGAUAGUAGCACUCCUCGUUUCAGUCACAUAUUCUGUUCAAGCUUUUGAUUUUGGUUGUGAUAACGGCAGACGUUUGUGAUGUACAAUGGAGACAGCUGCCUUAUGUAUUACGGUGACUUGAAAAGUAACGUGCACAUUGAGUAAGCCGUCUUUAUCUUUAUAUAUAUAUAUACCACCUAACAUUUGAUAUUGGU